AUGGAAUGCAAGAUUGAUAUAUUUUCCCUUCUGCCUUGUUCUGCCAAAAUCCCAACUUCCUGGAUCAGUAUUUUCUGCAACUAUUUUCCAGGUUUUACGUGGCAUGAUGAUUAUACACAGCAUAUUAUUGCCCGUGAACUUUCUAAUCUCCCUAAGGCCCACGACUGGCAUCUGGAAACAUUCUCAUCUGAAGAUCCCGAUUCAGCCAGGAUUUCAAAACAGGGGCCUGACAGGAAUUUGGAAAAAGAUGUGAACUUUGCCAAUUUUCCCCAACAAUACCUUGCUUACCUGGAUAUUCUCUCUCAGUCUGGAGCUCCAAAUUUAUAUUCAACAAUAAAUGCCAACAAAUCCCCUUUUAAGGUUGGCAACAUACCACCAAGGACCAUGAUCAACUAUAUGAUGCAGAGUUCUAAAGGAAAAACACCUGCUAUGACCUAUUCAGUACCUGCCCAUUCAAAGUAUAUUGAAAACUUUCCUGCAAGGACCUUCAGCAAAUCACAGAUGGAUACUUUACUACUAAAGCCUGAAGAACAAUUAGACAGGAAAGGUCUAUUGGUGGCACUCAAUGCAUACAUCACUCAGAAAUCGUCAGCCAAAAACCUUGAUGGACGUUCAUCUGUUAGCAGGACUAAAGAGACUUCUCCCUAUGGCAGUAGGGUUAAGCCUCUUCACAUUGACCACCUUGAUGGAACAAUAUCCAAAGAAAAGCUAGGAGGCUUUGAGAUGAGACCACAGUUUCUACAGAGGCCAGCACCCGGAUUGGUGUCUGGGUCUACCCAGAAUGAUUUGAAGCUUCCCCUAACUCCAAUAGAUGAAAUAUUUAUUCAAGAUGUUCUGAGGGACCUGAAGAAACAUCAUGUGGAUGUAGAUAAGUUGAGCCCGCUGGAGUUGGACAAGAUGGCUGAUAUAAUUGCUGAAGCUAUUCAAACUGUUGAUACAACUGAAGAAAAGAGCAAUGCCGCUGGGAAGGUUGAAGGGGAGAGAACUGAAACAGGAGUAGAUGCAGCAGGAAAAAGCGAUUAUGAGAUGGGAUUAAUGAAUGAAGGUUUUCACAUGCAAGAUGAGGGAGCAUGGAACAUUGAUGCCGAGGCUAAAAAAGAGGAGGACCACUUAGGUUCAAAGGUACCAGAUUUCCUAAGUAAGAAUAUGGUAACUGAAAAUCUGCCUAGGGUGUAUUUGUCCAAAGAAUCCUUUAAAACAGAAAUGAAGAAAUCAGAGGAUUUAGACCUUUCUUCUUCAUCUGAAGAAGUCAAAGUUGGGUUUGAAAAUGUGAAGAGUGAAACAUUCUCAAGGGAACUGAUAGCUGAAAAGAAAGCAGAAUCUGAGCCCAACUCCAAGGAACUAACUGAACUUCAUCACUGGAUUAAGAAUACUUGGCUUCAAGAUGAAAGUGUGUAUCAGGCAACUCAAGAAAAGAUGGCAGAAGGCCUCAAGUUAGAUGCAAAGUCUUCUAAAGAGGAAGAAUAUGGCUACAUUGUGACAGAGAAAGACCCACUGAGUGAAGAAAAAGGUUUGGACUUAAUAAAGGAAGUUGCCGGUCUUCUGAAGCUCCAGAUGACAGCAUUUGCUGAUAUCAACGUGCUGGGGCCGGCUGUGACCUUCAAAGUGCACCCAAAUGCCCUUGGUAUCACCACUGCUGAUGUUGUCAAAGCAGCAG